AUGGCACACCGCUCAGCAUGCUGCCUUUACUUCCCCUUGAUAUCAACACCUUUGAUUUUCAAUGGAACAAUGCACCGAUACAUGUGCAGCACGGAGGAAACGUGCAACGGCACCGUAAUGCGGUUGUCAUGUAUGCACAUUUCCCAGCCCACAUGCACCCCCAUACGCUGCGCAUUCUCUGGCGCCAAUGAGGCACCUGUGACGGAUUCAACACCGCAAUGUCAACCUGCAGUCGGAGUUGCUCACAGCCCAUACGCACCGCCCAAUGAUUGUUCUUUCACUGCCGCUACGUACCUGACUCCCACGCAUCGCCCACCGCUAUGUUCACCUUCAAUCGCACUUGUUCGCAGUGAUGCCCACACGCACCGCCCAAUGAUUGCCCAUUCACUGCCGCCGCCUACCUGA